AUGGAUGACAUAUCAGUGAGCAAAAGCAACCAUGGAAAUGUUGUUGCACUCAACAUCCAAGCUCCUUCUGUUGCAGACCCUUCUCUCCCUCCCAAAUCUCCGUCAUUGUUCUCUGUCCAUUUCUUGCAAAAGCUUAUAGCGGAACUCGUGGGAACUUAUUACUUGGUAUUUGCCGGUUGUGCCGCUAUUGCCGUAAACGCUCAACACCACAAUGCAGUGACUCUUGUGGGCAUCGCAGUGGUUUGGGGUAUAGUGAUAAUGGUUCUUGUUUACACUCUAGGCCACACCUCUGCACAUUUCAAUCCGGCUGUUACUAUCGCUUUAGCAUCGACCCGGAGAUUCCCUCUGAAUCAAGUCCCCGCCUACAUAGCUGUUCAAGUCCUCGGAUCAACCUUGGCUUCUGCGACUCUGCGUCUUCUGUUUGACCUAAACAACGACGUGUGCAGCAAGAAACACGAUGUCUUCCUCGGGUCAUCUCCUUCUGGAACUGAUCUUCAAGCAUUCGUGAUGGAGUUCAUCAUCACCGGCUUCCUCAUGUUAGUCGUAUGUGCCGUCACAACCGCCAAGAGAACAACUGAGGAACUAGAGGGGUUAAUCAUAGGCGCAACUAUCACACUGAAUGUUAUCUUUGCCGGAGAAGUGUCAGGAGCAUCGAUGAAUCCAGCAAGAAGCAUAGGGCCUGCACUUGUGUGGGGAUGUUACAAAGGUAUCUGGAUUUACUUGCUGGCUCCAACACUUGGAGCUGUCUCUGCGGCCUUGGUUUAUAAACUGGUACCGUCUACACAGAAAGUAGACCCUGACUUCUCCAAGACAGGAUCUUGUCGUAAACAAGUUGCUGAUCUUCCAUUGUGA